AUGGGAAAUCUGCACAGCGUUUCUAUAAAUCUGGAAAAAUACCCUGGAGCGGAGGGAGUCAUUAACGUUCCAGAGGGGUAUGAAAAAGUCUACAUAUCCGGUCCUAAAGUAGUUUGCGUCUCGGAACAAGUGUUGGAUGAUCUUCCUGGGUACGUUGAGGUUUGCCAUAGGAUAGUUGAAAAGUGCAGAAUUGUCAGUGUCUAUCUGAAGGAAAGACUUUAUGGACUUGAUAUUUCAGAAGGGCACGAUUUUAUCCAUGUCUACUACUGGGCGGGUGACCAUUGCCGCGAGAGACCUCUGAUUAUCCAAACCUGUGAAAAGACUUCUGACACGUACUAUUGCAGUCUUGACGGAAUAUAUUGGACCAAAGAACUGAGUGAAAAAAUCUCACAAAAUCUCUUGGGUUAUCUUGAUAAACUCAACUGCAAAUUGUACAAUGCUCACAUUGUAGACCUCUUGAGGAAGAAACCCGGAACCUACAAAUGCUUUUCAUCUUGUAACAGGAUUAUGGUGAUCUCGUUUAAUACUCAAUGCUACCUUUUUUGUCAACAAGUUAUAGAAAGUUCCAUAACUAGGUUUGAAAAUGAAAAUAAAUCACAGAAGGGAUUACCAUUUCCAAAGAAGGUGAAUUAUGUAUAUGUAUAUUUUGACCUCCAAAAAUGUGAGAUGCCACUUCUCAUUUGCAUAGACCCUCUUAACAUGGAAAAUAAGUGGCAAGGAUACACAGGCUGUAAAUGGUACCAAAGAGAUAAGGUAGAUACUAAUGCUUGGAUACAAGUUAAUAAUAAACCGACAAGUCCAAAUGACUCCACUAGGAUACUGGAAAUUCUCAAGGAAUAUCUUCCAAAUAUCCUGUCAAAAAUAGAACACGUUCAAAGAGCAGAGAAAUCUUCCAAUCUGGAGACUACUCCAGUGAUUAAUCCAGAUUUCACCCUUGAUAUUGCUCAUCUUCCUCAUCUUAAAUUUAAAGAUCCUGAGGAAAAUUUAGAUAUACCAGGAUAUUCUUAUCCUCUGGACUAUAGAGAUAUUUAUCCAUCUUCGAUACCCGAUGAGAGAUCUUCUGGUGACAAGAUAGUAACGCAAACAGAUGUGAUUUUAGAUAUUCCGGAAUUAUGUGAAACAUCGGCUGAAGAUCCAGUUUUUCCAAUGGAUACAACUCUAGGAUCUGUUACUCCAUAUGAAUCUUGGACAGAGAACUUUGAAGUAGUUUUAUGUGAUAGGAGUUCCCCGGAUCACAAAGUUACCGUUGAUUUUGGACAAAAUGAUUCCUUUGAAGCAUUUAAUGAUGAAAAAAUACAUAAACCAGUAGAAGUAGUUUUAGAUCCUCAUACUCCCUUGGAGUUUGAGGGAUUUGAGAUAGAUCUACGUACUAAAAAUUCUCCGGAUAAUGCGGCUAUCGUUGAUUAUAAUCUGACUAAUAUUAAUGGAGAUGAUUUGGUGGCAGGGAUCUACACAAGACCUAUGGAAGAUGGAGAAACUUUCCCUAAUGUUGGAAUUACGAAUAUCGUAUUUUCUGAUUCAUCUUCAGACCUAUCAAGUCCCCAAGAAGUGGGUGAAAAUACUACUCCUGUUACUAUAACUGUACCGUAUAUAGACCAAAGUGGAGGACAAUAUAGUUCACCUGGGCUAGGAGGAGAAUCCUGGAUGAACAACAUUUAUAGAGGAUAUUCUGGUUCGCCUUUUAUCAUUUAUGGUGGAGAUUUCGUCGUUUAUGAUGCAGCAGGAUAUGAAGAGUAUAGAGUUACUGCCCCUGGUGUUGAAAUAAUUGAAGAAUCUCCAUCCUAUAACACGUCAACAGGAAAUGAGAGACAACCUAUUUGUGUAGAGAUGGAAGCCCCUAUAUACACAAAAUCUGGAAAUCUAGAUAGAACACUCUCUGGAUCUGGCGAGGGGCAUUCAGAUAAUUUUGAAUUAAGCUAUAAUACUUCGUCGAACAUUACGUAUGGUGCUAGCGCUAUUAUUGACGAAGAUUACGGUACAGGGGGACAUGUUAUACAUGGAAAUGCUGAUCCUAUUUUGGAACUUAUUGAAUCAUCACCCUAUGACUCAUUGUCCGGAACAAAUGCAUUAAAUGUGACUGAAGAAGAAAAUUCUCCUCCAGUUUUGGAUAUACAUCCUUCUACAAACAAGUACAAAGUCACGAGAGAAAAGGCAUUGUAUGGAUCAGAAGGAGGAUCUUCACAUGAUAUUAAUCUGGAAUAUGCUAAUUCUUUAUCUGAAGUUAUGACUAGAAAUAGUAUUUUUGAGGAGAUUUACGAUACAGCGGAAUAUAAGGAACACGGAUAUGUUUCUUCUAUAGCAGAAAUAGAGGAGAUAUCUUCUACAUCAUGUGAUUUAUAUGGCACCUCAGAUGAUGAAUGCUCCACAUCAUUUACAGAUUUUGAAUCCAAAAACAUACGGAUAGAAUCUGGAGAGAAUAACCUAGGUAAUUCGCCUCAAGCCGGAAAACUAUCUGGACUGUAUGGAGAGUCUUCGUAUUCAACCGUUCAUUUCAAUGAUUACCAGAUCGAUUUUUAUUCAUAUGGAAAUGAUAUAAUCUUAGGUAGUCAUAGCCCGAUCUAUUCCACUGAUGGAAUGGAAAAAAAAUCCCUAUUCUGUUGA